AUGAAUACGAAUUCUAUUAUGAAGUUUGUGAAGCUCAACUCUGGCUAUAUGAUGCCCAUGCUUGGUUUAGGAACCUUUUUGGCUCCGAAGGAUGAUUGUGAGAACGCUGUUUACAAUGCUAUCAAGAUCGGAUAUCGCCUCAUUGAUACCGCCUCUGGUUAUGGUAAUCACAAAUUUGUUGGUGCCGCAAUAAAGCGUGCUAUUGAGGAAGGAAUCGUAAAGCGAGAAGACCUCUUCAUCACCACCAAGCUGUGGGUGACUGACUGGAGACCCAAAGACGCUAGACGAGCCAUUCAGACAUGUCUGCAAGAGUUGCAACUGGAUUAUAUCGACUUGUACCUUAUCCAUAACGCUGUUUUCCUCAAUCUGGCGCCUGAAGACGAGGAACGUCGUCAAAAGGGCGAAUUCUUUGACUAUAACACGAUUGUCGCGGAUGAUCCGAAGCUGCGAAUUGGCUACAGUAUAGAAAAUCUAAAGACCACCUGGAAGACGAUGGAAGAGUUUGUGCGAGAAGGGUUGUGCAAGUCUAUCGGCGUCUCUAACUUCUCGGGGAAGAAGAUCCGGGAUCUGCUAUCGUUCUGUGAGAUCAAGCCUGUAGUGAACCAGGUGGAGCUGAAUCCUUUUCUACAACAGUGGGAGCUAAAGCAGACGUGUGAAGAGAAUGACAUCUACUUGGAAGCUUACUUCCCUCUUGGGGGAGAGGCGAACGCGAACGCGAAGGAUUCCACCUCCCUGUUGAGACAUCCAGUGAUCACAAAGAUCGCAGAAGCGCACAACAAAACAACUGCCCAAGUCCUCAUCCGUUGGGCUGUCCAGCGGGGAACUAUUUGUAUUCCCAAAUCCAUCCGAGAAUCGCGUAUUGCUGAGAAUUUCAAUAUCUUCGACUUUGAGCUGACGAGUCAAGAGUUGGAGAGCAUUCGUGCUUUAGAUCGCGGUGAACGUGUGUGUAAAAGACCCUAUAUGGUAUCUGCUCCCAUGACAUGGCAAGAUAUUUGGGAUGGUGAAUAUGUUAAUUUCAGUGUUUGA